CCCAACUAUUGCUUUCCUCAAGGCUAUAAGACACCAACCCCUUCACCACCUUCAUACCAAACACACAAACCUUCAUCUUUUCUCAUCACCUCUACAUCCUCCUUAGCCCGAAAACCUGCCGGAAAGUCUUCGAUUGCCGCAGCUAGAUCACAUCCCUCCCUUUACGGUCAUACUUUGUUGAGUGGGUACUUUUGGAAUUGAGCUAGAAGGAGGAGGAAAUGGAAGGUGGAGCGACCUAUGUUAGUGAUCUUGGUAACCUCAAGGCGACCGAGCUAAGGCUCGGCUUGCCGGGGACCGAUGCACCUGAGAAACCAACACCGGAGAACCCAAGAGGUAGCAAACGGGCACUGCUGGAGGCCAAUGAGGAGUUCCGGGGCAAAAGCAAGUCCCCAGAGGCUGACCCAAAUGGCCAAGAAGCUGCGCCAAUGGCUAAGGCACAAGUUGUUGGAUGGCCACCAAUUCGAUCAUAUAGGAAGAACAGCUUCCAAGCAAGGAAGGCAGAGGCAGAGGGUGCUGGGCUGUUGGUGAAAGUUAGCAUGGAUGGAGCUCCUUACUUGAGAAAGAUUGAUCUCAAGGUGUACAAGGGUUACAAGGAACUUGGAGAGGCCUUAGAGAACCUGUUCAAAUGCUUUUCUCUAGGCGAGCUUUCAGGGAUGGAAGGGUGCAAUGGAUCAGAGUGUGCCAUCACCUAUGAAGACAAAGAUGGUGACUGGAUGUUGGUUGGAGAUGUGCCAUGGGAGAUGUUCAUCUCCUCUUGCAAAAGGCUGAGAAUAAUGGCUGGAUCUGAAGCAAGAGGCAUGCGAUCAAGUCCAUGACACCUCUCCUACUUGCAAAGAAGAAAUGAACAGAUGGAUACCAUGCAUGCAAGGAGAGAAGUACGCAGACUUCUUAUUCGCUUGGGUUCUCCAAGUUCAUGAGAGUUUGUAAAGAAGAAGAGGCGAUCAUCUUAUCAUUCCCCAACUCACAAAAUCAAAAAAAGAACAAAAGAAAAAGAACAUGAUAGCAAAAUAUCAAGUGGACAUUUCUUUGGGAUUAUUCAUCUUGUAUUACUUUCUUUUUUCGUUAUCUCAUAUUAUUUUCAUUCCACGUCAAGACUGCACAUGUAGAGAAGAAGGCCAUGCUUUCCUGCAAUUGUACAAAGAAAAUUUACUUGUUUUUGUCA